AUUUCGAAUUGGGAGUCUCGGCCUUCUCCUCCUUGGCGGGGCAAGGCGAGGGGCAGGCGAAUGGUCGCCGGUCGAGAAGUCCGUCAUAUAAGGGCUUGAGGGAGGCGCGACUAUCCCCUGCUUCCUUCCAUCACCCCCACUGCGACCAACAUGCGCUUCACCUUGCUCCUCAUCUCCGCGGCCGCCCUCGCCCUCACCGUCUCCGCCACGCCUCUGGACCCUGAGCUCCACCAGCUCGCAGCACGUGGAGCCUGCAGUGGCGGUAUCAAUGUAUGCUGCUCAUCAUCCUCGGUCAGCUGCAGCGGUAACGUCUGCAAGGCUUGCUGCAAUGGGACGUGCGGCUGCUUCUACUCAAAGGGAUCAUCGUGUGGAAGCAACUUCCCUUGCACUGAUGUCACGAAGCCCGACUUUGCCACGACCAACGGCCAGUGCACGGCUCCCAGCGGUGGCAACACCGGAUCGACGGGGGGAAGCACCGGAUCAACGGGCAGCACCUCGUCGCGAUGUGCACGCCUCUCUCCCGCUCUCAGGCGCUUCUUUAACUGCUGAUUUGGCGCACAGAAUCAGGAUCGUAGUCAAUCUUUGGAAAUCACAUUCGUUUCGUUGAGCAAGAUUGGAGAGCAAUGAACUCCUGAUGUUCAUUUUCACAAGGAGCGAACCUCGAACUUGUAGUGUUUGAACGGACGCAAGCAAAAGCAUCACGGUGGGCAUAGCCUUCGAGCAUGCAUGGUUCUGAGAGUGCACGACAGCGUAGCGCUUGCCAGAGGGGGAGAGACGGUCUGAUGACGAGAGG